GGUUGACAAUAAUAUUCAAUAACUUUUGUGUUAAAUUUUAUUAUAAUUACUUUUCCUAUUUUAUUAGAAGCAGAAUGAGUAUAAAGGAUGAUGACCUUUCUACCACAAACCAGAUGGAUAAUGAACAGGAGAAAAGCAAGGUUGAGGAUCUUGGAACUGAGAAUGAAGAGAAGGGAAGAAUGGAGGAGGACAGAAGCGAUCAGAACAGUCUCAGAUACGACAAUGGGAAGAUUGAGGAGUGCGGUAAUGAUCAGAACAGUCUCAGAUGCAACAGUGGGAAGAGUGAGCAGUGCGGAAUGAAGAAAGAGGAAUACAAAGUUCAGAAUGAUAAUGAGGAACACGAAAAUGGAAACAAAGAUGAAAUUGGUAAUAACAAGGAAAAUGUCGAAAAAGAUGGAAUCAAGAAUGAAAAGAAAGAGUUCACCAAAGAAUGGAAGAACGACAUCAACGACGAUGAAAGAGACGACUUUAACCAGAAUUGUUUUGAAGAUGAAAAAAUGCAAGAAGAUCAGAUAUACCAGAGAAAUAGAAUUGAAGACAUCUCUGAAUUAAGGAACAAAUCUUCCACUCUUACAGAUGGCCACUGCAAUGGGCUGGAACAAUUUGGUGGAACAGAGAAUUCCUUGUUUAAAUCUCAAGAGGAACAGAAGAGAGAGAAUGUUAAGAUUGAAGAAGAUACUAGUUCUGGAAAUCUCACACCUGGAGUUCAGAAGGAGCUGGAGAAUGAACCUGGAACAGAAGGAUUUAUUAUUGGAAUGUGUGUAGCUGGGCUUAGGAUGUUACGAAAUAUUCAAGGAUUUGUUCUUAGUCUGAUUCUCUUUCUACGAUUGCUAAUACAGGGGUUCAGACUUGUUCUCAUCUCUCUAGAUAAACCAGAAGUUACCGAAGUUGAUCUGUGUGAAACCACAACUAUCUCUGACAAAAUACAAGCUGGAGAUGAUGAAGUAGUUUGUGGUCAGGAAGAUGUUGGUGAUGAAGAUAGUUCCACCGAAGUUGAUCUGUGUGAAACCACAACUAUCUCUGCUAAAGUACAAGGUGGAGAUGAUGAAGUAAUUUGUGGUCAGGAAGAUGUUGGAGCUGAAGGAGAUAGUUCCAAUUACAACGUUGAUUUAGAAUCUACUCUUGGAAGAAUGGAGAAGAAAAUCCAAAACUUGGAGUCAGUGUUGCAUUUAGCGAAGGAGGAGAUUGUUGAACUGAAAUCAGAUCUUCAGACUGAACUGAUCAAAAACACAGAUCUUCAGUAUAAGGUGGAGAAGUUAGAGGCUGAAUUAGAAGACAAGGAUAAACUUGAGAGGUCAAAUUAUCUUGAGUUCAAGCAGGAGAAGUUGAAGAUUGAGCAGAGGCUAGAACAAGAGAAGAAUGAUCUUGUACAAAGUCUGAAUGAGCAACUGACAAAGGAACAAAAUGAGAAGGAUGAACUAUGUAAGAAACUACAGGAGGAGCUGAGUUGUCCAGUCUGUUUUUCCAUCCCAAGGAGUGGUAAAAUACCAAUGUGCAAGAACGGACAUAUUUUCUGUGACAAGUGUAUCAGCAAAGAGAACUGGAGCAAGAGUUGUCCAACCUGUAGGGUUGAGUUAGAUAUAAACAAGAUCCAGCAUUCAAGUCUAGCUGCUAGUAUUAUAGACCUGCUAGAGAUUGCUUGCAUUAACCAGGUAUCCCGGAUGAGUAUACUAGAACACUGGAAAACCUGCCCUGGCUGCUAUGACGGCAAUGAUGAAUUGUGUUCUGGAAAUGAAAGAAGGACUUCUUAUGAGCAUCCAACACCAAUUGAGAGAAUCUGUACAAUGGUCUAUAAGUUUGACAAGUUUAAUGAGUUAUUUUUCCUUGUUGGAAUCAAGAUUGGAGAAAGAAUCGUGUUCCUGGUAAAAUAUGGUGGAGUAGAGACGAGAUACAUUGUCGCGUUAAAACUAUCAGGAGUAGAGAAGUGUAUAUCUAUCCAACUUGAUGCUGUUCCUCUCUCCACUGACCCUGGCAGUGCUCUGAGAGAAGGGAAUGCCCUGGAAGUGCAUCAAAGUGCUCUCGAGAAGAUCACAAGGAAACCAGAGGGUGGGUUUCAACUGGCUGUCGAGAUGAAAGCUGAUCAUGAUCUGAAACAACUUCAGGCAAAGAAACCUAAGAUGAUGUUUGCUAUAUUUGAACGAAAGAAUGAUUAA